CCUCACCAUCUUGGUCCUGCCUGCUUGCCUGCCUUCUUCACCAAUCUCCAACAUGUCUUUCAUGGCGCCUCCUGGUUAUCAGCCCGUCUACAGUCCUGCAAUUCCAUACUUGGGGCCCAUCUACGGGGGUCUGAGGGAAGGGGCGUCCAUCUAUCUGCAGGGCUCAGUCCCAGACAAGAUCACCAGAUUCUUCGUCAACCUGUUAUGCGGGCAGUCCGAGUCCAGCGACAUCGCGGUCCACUUCAACCCGCGUUUCGACGGAUGGGACAAGGUGGUCUUCAACAGCCGCCGCGACAACGCGUGGGACAACGAAGAGAAAAUUCGCAGUAUGCCCUUCAGUAAAGGCGACGCCUUCGAGAUUGUCAUCACGUGCUCGCCGCAUGACUACCAGUUUAAAGUCAACGGGAAAGACUUUUACACCUUCAAGCAUCGCCUGCCUUUGGCCAAAGUGUGCGCCAUACAAAUCGGGGGUGACGUUGCCAUACAGAGCAUUAACGUCAUCGGGGUGAGAUGGAUUGUUACAAGUCUCCCAUUUCAGGAACAGGGAGGAUACCCUGGAGGUGGUAUGGGGGAGGGAUGCUACCCAGGAGGUGGUAUGGGGGGAAGGCCAGGAUGUGAAAUCGGCCCGGGUGGAUAUCCGGGCGAUUGUGGAGGGGGGGGAUUUCCUGGAUCAAACUUGCCGAGUAUGGCUGGGCAGCCCAUCUACAACCCCCCGAUCCCGUACUCGGGCGCAAUCCCGGGAGGAAUGUUCCCCAAGAGGACCGUCAUCAUCCGAGGCAUGGUGCCCUACAAGGCUGGCAGAUUCGGCAUCAACUUCCUGGUGAGCCGAUCACGUGACAUCGCGUUCCACGUGAACCCGCGCAUCAAGGACGGCGUGGUGGUGCGCAACACAAUGAUGGGAGGCCACUGGGGUCAAGAGGAACGCCAGCUAGGGGGCGACAACCCCUUCAAGGAAGGACAGUACUUUGACAUGUCCGUCCGUUGCGGCAGCGACCGCUUCAAGGUGUUCGUCAACGGUCACCCUCUCUUUGAUUACUCGCACCGCAUGCGAAACGUCAACGAGAUCGACGGGCUGGAGGUGGCGGGGGACGUGCAGAUCUCCUACAUCCACUUCUGAAAUCAGUUCAUACAAUCAAACAACAUGAAAGACAUUCCUUUAUUUUGUCUUUGUACAAAACACUGGAGAGCUCAAAUAA